AUGGACCCAGGAUCUAGUAUAAGCAAUAUCCGCGACUUCUUCUCACGAAGCGAUAGACAGAAUCUCCCACCCGAUCUCAAGCGUGCUCUUACACUCCUGCAGCUCCAUACACUCGAAGAUCUGGAACAGCGCUUCCUCUCCACUGACGCGUUCCUGAAGCCAUGGGCUGUGUUCCGCGACUCCAUAUUCCUUCUGCAGCCCGAUGCCAUGACGCGCACUACGGAGAUCUUCCGCUCUACCGAAGUCGGCGUGAGGGCUCAUAUUGGCAUCAAGCGCCUUGACAUAUUGUGGUUUUACACACAGUUUGACGAAGGCACGCUGCGAUAUGAUCCUCGCGCGGACAAGUGGACGUUGGAAUACACCCAUGACUCGACCAUGUACGGUGUGAUUGACAAAAGCCAGUGGAGCGUCGAAGAGUACGAGAAACAUCUCUAUGCCUGGCUGUUGCAAGAGUUCAAGGUGGGCAAGGUGCAUAAUCCAUGGGGCUUCCAGUACUUCGAACUCAAGAGUAUCUGUGCUGCGUGGGAAGACAUAUUCGUGCCAAUUAUCAACGCGGUGCGCGCUUCGUACAGUGUCAAGGGUAGGCGACACUAUGGACGACUUGCGCUGUUCAUUGAGAAUCGGUCGCCCAGCCGUCUUGCUUUCCCAGAAGGCAACGUGGGUAUCCCUCAGGCAGGUUUAAUGUCGCCAACGCCUUUCCGUGUCAUUUCGGUGCCGAAGAAACGAAUCAAUAGUGGAGGUACGACGUUCUUCCGACAGGUCGCUCACACCGGCGUUCUGACCCGGAAACAAUACGAUGAUACCGAGAAAGAACUACGCGAUGUAUAUCCUCAGUACGGUGGUCUAGUUGAGCGUCCACGGUUUAAACAGAAGAUGGGCGACUGGCUAGCUGAGCAGCGUGCACGCGCUGCGCACAGGAAAGCGGUCGAAAAGCAUGACGAGGUUCAGAGCUUCCAUCCGCAGGUGACUGAGCGUGAUGACAACGAAGGUCCUAGCAAGAAUGCCACGGAGUGUUUCAGCCAGCAAAGCGGACGGGGAAGUAGUCGUGGCAGCAGUAGGAGCCCCGUCAAGCGGUAUUCGGACAGCAUCCGUCGUUCGCUAUCGUUGAGCAUCGGCCAACUAUCUCCUUCGAAGUCCAGUAAACCUAUUCUGGAGCCGAUUCGACCAACAACACCAAAGGAAUCGAAGUUUCCCAGGAUGCCGUUCGGUCGAUACGGAUCCCAGACUGAUCCUCCAAAGUCGCCAAAACAGUCGCCAAAGAGCCCCCUCCACGGCGUAACGCGCCAGCUCUAUUUCUUUGACGCUGACAGAGUACCCGAAGACCCGUCUUUGCCAGUUCAUUGCAAGGCGCAUCAAGGCUCAAAGUCGUUGAAUUCUAUCCACCCUCUGCUUCGCCCUGUACAACAACAGCAAAACCCAUCCGAACAGAGCGUCUACACUUCGAUCCGCAACUCGAACCCUUUUACCGAAAACCCUCCAGAAGAAGUAAAGACCCAGUGUUCUACGGAUGACUCGCUGUUCUCGCCCAUGGGACCACUUAGUGCUAUUCCAAGACCACUGUAUAAACCUGAGCCCAUCAAGCCGAAGAAGUCGUUUCAUGAUAGCCGCAUUCCCAGCUACGAAGGUACUGGUUAUGUCGAUGAAAUCUCACUCACGAAUCUCCACAACAGCCGGAUGAACACCGCUCACCCGCUAAGCCGUCUUCCCGCUCCUAUUGCGCCCAUCCCAUACGCCGGUCACCUUCGUAUCGCAUCAACGGAUACAUACCGUGACGUGCCUCCAAAGUCUGUUGCACGGCCUAGCCAACCACCUCCUCAUCCUGUAGCCUGGCCGGGAUUUGAGUCGCAAGAUAACCUAGCCCCGCCACCUCCACCCAUCCCUUCCAAGAGUCCUGAGCGAUGGAAGUCCACGGGCGGUCAUGUCGCCGUUCCGCACUCUGAGCAACUCCUACGUGAAAAUUCUCACAGUAUAUUGCGCAUCGUGUCCAGGGAAAACAUUCGCGCCGCACUUGGUGGUCUUUCUCGCGAGAGUUCGGAGGAGGAUUUGGCGCCCCAAAACUCGUGUGUGGGGCCGGAGAGAACGAUGAGCCCAGAGUCGAAGAAACGUGCACUGCAGACGUACAACACUCAUUUAUUUCCCAGAAAGGAAGAGCAGAAGGUGACACCGGUGGGAAAAUAGGUGAACAUGAACGAAG